CCGAUCCCUGCCUUCCCUUGAAGUCGCUUGUGGUGCCAAUGAUAGCCAUUGCUGAAUGCUGCCCAUCUUGUUUUUCUAAUACUUAUAGGAAUCACCGGCCUCUUCUGACACUCCAACAACUCGAACGCUGCAUAUCUAACAAGCAGCAACAUGCCAAAACGACAAGGCGACGGCAGCAGUUCCAUCGCGGACGGACUCUUUCUCGGCAACAAAAGGGAAACCAUGAAACAGAUUUUGGAUCGACUGGAGGGUCUUACAGAUAAAAAUGGGCGUUUUAUAUCCGAGCUGUUCAUGGAGCUGCCAGACCGGAAGGAGUACCCAGACUAUUAUAUGACGAUAAAGAAUCCUAUUGCGCUUGACAUUAUCAGAGGUCGGUUGGAGUCAGGAGCAUACGACAACGAAAACAUUGGCAAUUUUGCCACGGAUCUGAGGACAUUGACAGCAAAUGCUAAAGAAUACAAUCGAAAAGGAUCGCCUAUUCACAGGGACGCAACGACACUGGAGAAUCACAUUGAAACAGCAAUGCAAGUUUUACUGGAUGAUAACAGCCAACAGGAGGAACACGAACAGUUUUCGAUCGAGUUCUGCAACCGCGUCCUAAAGACUAUCAAAAACCAUAAGGAUGAGAGCGGACGGCUGAUGUCAGAACUGUUUCUAGAGCUGCCUAGUCAUGAGGAAUAUCCGGAUUACUAUGAGGAGAUUGCGCGGCCCAUUGCACUAGACGGUAUCAAGAAGAAAAUUAACAGUGGCGCGUACAAAACUCUAGAGAGUUUUGAGGAUGACUUUGAGUUGAUGUUUGAGAACGCAAAGCAGUACAACGCCGAGGGAUCAGACGUCUAUCUGGAUGCAGAGGAGCUGCAGGGGCUGUUCUGGAAGGAAAUUGGCAAGGAUGGUCGUGGUCAACCGAAAGACAAGAACGCGAGGAAACAUGCCAAGGAGCUAACGCAGGUUUUGCAGAAUGGAGUAACAUACAAAGUCGGCGACUUUGUCCAUCUGAAAAACGACCGGGAUCCUUCCAUGCCCAUCAUCGCCCUAAUUUUCAGCCUUUGGGAAGACGAAAAUGGACAAACGGGAUUGGAUGCGACAUGGUUCUUGCGGCCGGAGCAAACUGUCCAUCCAUAUGCUAGUCGAUUUUAUCCCUCAGAGGUGCUCAAGGCGUCAGGAUCCCACGAGCACUUGGUGGGCGAAAUUCAGGAUAAAUGCUUUGUUCUAUACACCAGAGACUAUGUCCGGGGUCGACCAGUUGAGUGGAAGCAGGGUCAGGGCAUCUACCUGUGCGAGCAGCGGUACAACGAGGCAUACAAGUCUGUGUCAAAGAUCAAAAACUGGGCAAGUUGUCUUCCCCCAGGCAUCAAGCCCAGCGACAUGAAGUUCAACUUGUUUCCAGAGUCCUUGGUACUCAAAAAACUGCCAAGUGCCUCAAUGGUGGACAAAGCGGGGAAGCACGAGGCGAAUGAAGGUGUAUCACGGUCCAGUACGCCGCAGGAUAUGUCUACAGGGUCUAAAUUUGCUUUGGGUGCCAAUGUCAAACGCAACUCUGUCAAUCAGCAUCCGGGAUCUCCGCCACUCACCAAAUCCCACCACGGACAUGUUCCACCACAACAAUGGGUCCGAUGCAAUUAUUCCAGUCUCAGCACAGGAUUACAGUGCUCAGCUGUUUUCACGGACAAGGCGGAGCUCCAGCGUCAUGUUGCAACGGAGCACGCUAUCAUCCAGCAUGUCGCAUCGCCUCCCGCAAUGAAACGAGGGCGUCCCAGAAAGAACCCAGCCCCAGCUACAGCAGCAGCUACAGCACCUAGCAUCACCCAGACCAGCGUACCACAACAGCAUGCAAUGAUGGGUCAACAAGUAUCAUACUCCCAAGCUUACAAUCCCUACAAUCCUGCAGGACAGUACGGCGUCCCUGCUCGACCACCGGGCAUGCCGGGACAGGUCAUGCCGGGACAGGUCAUGCAGCCCAAUGUGGCUUAUCCACAGCAACAGCAGGUCAUGCACCCCAUGCAGCAACAACAGCAACAACAACAACAGCGAGGCAUGUCCUAUCAACAACCAUACAGUCAGCCGCUUCAAGCAGGGCAGCCUAGACCGCAGGCCUUUCCACAAGGCGUUCCUUACAGUCAGCCUUAUGGGCAACCCUAUCCUCAGCAACCGACUCAUCCGCAACAUCCUCAGUUCCCGCAACCCCAGGCACAACAAUUUGCGCAGCCUCAGUUCCCACAGCAAGGAUUUCCUCCGCAAGCGUAUCCUCAGCAGCAACCCCAGUAUCCGGGAAACUUCUCACCUCAACAGCAAUAUGCAAUGCAGCAACAGCAACAGGCACAGCAGGUGCAGCAGCAGCCUAUAUAUGGCCAAACCUACCCUGGACAAUCGUCACAUAUGCAGCAGCAGCUUGUGCAGCAGCAGCAACUCGCGCAGCAGCAACAGCUUGCCCAACAACAGCAGCUCGUUCAACAGCAACAGCUUGCCCAGCAGCAACAACAGCAGCAACAACAGCAGCAACAGCAGCAGCAACAACAGCAGCAGCAAUUGGCCCAGCAGCAGCAUCUUGCUCAACAACAGGCUGUUAUGCAACAACAAGCAGCCCUUGCCAAACAAGCAGCGAUGCAGCAACAGCAGCAACAGCAGCAACAGCAGCAGCAACAGAUGGCGGCUCAGCAACAAGCAUUGCAGCAACAAGCCUUGCAGCAACAGCAAAAGAAUAUGGCGCAGCUACAGAUGCAGCAGCAACAACAGCAGCAACAGCAACAGCAGCAACAGCAGCAACUUCAACAACAGCAACUUCAACAGCACCAACUUCAACAGCAACAACAGCAGGCAGCAAUGCAGUCGCCGUCGUUCCAGCAGCAACAGAUACCAGCAUCUGUCCCGUCACCACAGCAAUUUCAAAAACUAUUGCCACAGCAGCAGCAAACACCUAUAUCUCAGCAGCAGCAGACAGCUCCGUCAUCACAACUGGGUUCCCCUGUUCCUUUCAGCAACCAUGUAAGGACCAAUUCAGUAGGAUCGCCACACAUGGCUGGAGCGCUAACAGUUGCUACACCAGCAGUUGGCCUUGGUACACCGCUGGAGGGUACAGGAUUGGGUCUAACGGGUAUGAAUGCCAAUAUUGCAGACCAUGGACGGCUCUCGCCAGCAUUGAAGGAAGGCGCAUCGACAAUAUUGCCACCCAAGGCUACAGAGUUGUUUGUGCAUAACGACAAGGGUCAUGUGCUCUGGUUUGCUGGUCCUCCUCUGGAUGUGGUACCGCUGCCGAAGCCGCACCAUUCUGUUGAGUACUUGGCCAAGCGACAGAGGCUACACAAUGGAAAAGCACAUCGAACAACUGCAUCGAGUACUGCGAUGACUACAGUUGUGGAUGGUGGUCGAACAGAAGAAGCGAAUGAAAAGGGCGAUAUCAGUGAAAGUGCAUCUGUGGAGGCGCUGCCAGCGGUGCUCCAUGGCCUUGAAGGUUAGUGAAUAUUUUAUGAAAGCAGCCGAUACAAGGG